AUGGCAUCUAGCAGUGCUUCUGUGGCCCCGGCUAGUGCGCCCCGAGCCCGGGUGCUCGAGGUGCAUCGGGUGGCGUCCGACAUGGUCGCCUUGCAGGAGGAAGCGAAGAGCGUGCGAGAUCGUCGACUUGCCUUGGAGGAAAUCAUGCGGCAGGAGCGGAAUCGGCGCCUGCAAGCAGCCGCAUCACGCAGGGCAGAAGCAACUACUACGAGCCCCUCCUACGGCUCUGGGGCCUCGUCAGGAAAGCAACAGCAGGAGGGCGAUGCCGUGAAUCCAAACGCCGCUCCUCAUACACUCAAGGAGUACCGCCGCGAGUUGGACAACGUCAAUGGCAACAAGGAACUCUACCGGCUGCACUACUAUACUAGCGCGCAUCUCAACCCGACUGAUGUGCACUUCUACACUGCCAAGAGCAGGGUAAAAGAGUACCAGCGCCAUGCACCGAGCCCCCGGAAGUCGGUACAGGCGCACCAUCCACUGCCGACAGCGCGUAGGGCUCACUCAGAAAAGGAGUCGGCGCUACCGUCAACGCUGGCGCCCGCGUCAACAUCCGUGAUGGAGGAUACCUCGGAGCAGUGGACAAGGUCUGCCCUUCUUCGGAUGCUGGCAAAUAAACGCGUGCUCCGGCGUAUUGAAGAGCACACACAAAAAGAGGCUGCUCAUUUUGGUCGGCCCGUCAUGCGGCACACGGCAGCCCCUGUCAGUCCACUCAAUGCCGCACCGCGGCCAUGCAAGGCAUCCAUGCCAACGAGGGCAGUCACAGGUCACCCUUCGUGCACCACCGAAGCUGCUGUGCCAAGGGGCGAUGUGUCCCGCAGUCUAGCGGAGUACAGGAGCUAUGCAGUCUCUCCCUCUACGCAAAGGUGGAACCAGCCUCAUCAGCGAAGUCCACUGCAGAGGUCCUUUAGCUACAGUCCAUUACACUUACGUGGACUUGCGGCCUCGCCGACCCGAGCGCUGUACGACGCUCCCUUCAAGAUCCCCUUCACCUAUGAUUCUUCAGUCUCUCUGCAUGCGCCUCGCACCGAUACUUCCUUCCUCACCUCCGCCCGACAGGACUGGCCUGGCGUGAGUGUGUGGAAGCCGCUGGAGCACACCUAUACGGUACACCCCAGGGACCGCGGCAGUGGUUCGGCGUAUGAGCCUAUUGCCGAGCAGUCGCCCAGCGCACCGUGGGAAAAACGCUCCACCUGGACCGAGCUGGCGCGGCGCUGGUCGCCACCGAAGCAGCCGGUGACGGCACCGCUUUUUCCACCCAGAGACUCCAGCGCUAGGGAGGCGGGCGAAGUUGCACUGAAGAUACCAACCGCCGGCCCUUCCACCCCCAAGCCGACGCCAACGCUGCUGGAAGGCUUCCGCAUGCCGGAGACAGUCCUCAAGCGUGAGGACCUCUUUCAGGGCUUCUCCUGA